AUGCAGGUACUCGCAGCGUUGGCUUUCGUCGGAAGUGCACUGACAGUCGACGGCACCGCAAGUAUCGCGUUUUCAGCUCUUGCCGCGGACCCGACGAUCACAGUCGAUGCGACAACAACUCUGCUCGAGAACUGGGAAGGAUGGGGCACGUCUCUCUGCUGGUGGGCCAACGUGUUCGGCGACCGCGAAGACGUUGCGGAUCUGCUCUUCACGCACAAAGACGCAGUGACGCUCCAAGGCGCACCGUCCAGUCUGCCUGCGCUGGGGCUCAACAUCGUGCGCUAUAACGUUGGCGGAUCCGGCAAAGCCGUGUUUAAUAACGCGGGCACCGCCGUCGCCAUGAACCGGUCGCCGAAGAUGCCGGCGCCCAAGUUCAUCGAGGCGUUCUGGAUCAACUGGGCGAGCAACGUGUCGUCGAGCUCGAGUUGGGACUGGACGGCCGAUGUGAAGCAACGCGAAAUGCUCAAGCUGGCCCUGCAACGCGAUGUGGAUGUCACGGAGGCGUUCUCGAACUCUCCGCCGUGGUGGAUGAACUACAACCACGCCACUGCUGGAGGAGGUGACGGCAAGAAGAACAACUUGCAGUCCUGGAACCACGACGCGUUUGCAUUGUACUUGGCCACGGUGGUGAGAGAGGCGAAGGAACGCUGGGGCGUCAGCUUCACGUACGUUGAGCCGUUCAAUGAGCCAACAAGUACGUGGUGGACGUUUCCAGGUGGCCAGGAGGGUUGCCACUUUGACUUGAGUGCGCAAGCCAGUGUCUUGUUGCAUCUUCGGGAACACCUCAACACUUUUGGGCUGAAAAACGUCGUCAUUGCAACGUCAGACGAGAACUCACCUUCGAUCGCGCUAUCGAGUCUCACCUCCAUGUCGGCAUCGCCAAACGUGAUGGCGGCUUUCGGCAAAGUGAACACGCACGGUUACGACGGCUUGAGUCCCUACCGUGGCAAAGACCGGGGGCCGCUGAAGACGCUGAUUGCAAACUCGGGCAAGAAGUUGUGGGACUCGGAAUACGGAGAGAAGGACGGCAGCGGACUCAAGAUGGCCGAAUCGGUCGCUCUUGACAUCAACGAAAUGGGCGUGUCGGCAUUCGUGUACUGGCAAGUGCUCGACGGUGCUGGUUGGGGCCUUGUGCAGUCGAAUCUGGCCGAAAGCUCACUUGGCGCACCGAACACCAAGUACUACGUACUGGCUCAGUACUCGCGCCACAUUCGCCCUGGAAUGGCCAUUCUGUCGUCGAACGACGUGAAAACCGUCGUAGCUUACGAUGCUGCAUCGAAAUUGCUGGUACUGGUAUCCGUGAACACAGCCGACGCGGUUUCGAACGUCACGUUCGACCUGUCCAGUUUCAAGUCCGUGGCGGGUCCCGUCAGUGCUUGGACCACCGAGACGAGCGGAUCGGGAGCACUGUACAAGCCAUCGAAGAUCAAAUUGACUGGCAAGUCGUUUCGUUCAUCGAUCCCGGCGGCAUCGGUCAUGACGUUUGAGAUCACGGGUGCUGGAAAGUAG